AGUCGGAUGUCUUCGAAAUUGUUCUCCCCAUCACUGUCUUUGUGCUGAGCGACGACGAUUUUCUCCAAGAUGACGCUGAGGAGAAAGCAGCGUCGGUUCCCAAGUUGGAGGAGGAGGGUGAGCAGAAGGUUGAUGUAAGCGAUAGCGAUUUCCUAAAAAGUAAUGUGACUCCUUCGAAUGACAGCAACAGUUUAAGCGUUUGCGAAGAAAACAAGACUGAUUCAAAUGAGGAUAAUACCAUGAAGUACUCCGAAGUGAAGUAUGCUGCUGAGAGCGUGUGUAACAGACCGAAAUUAUCUCUAAGUGAUUGGCAUGACACAGGCAUGAAUAAUUAUAGUCAGAAUUGUGUGUCACCUACAUUGUCUUGCAAAACAGAACUUACAGAGGUAAAUGAAGCCAGUGACAGAAGAGAAAGUGAUGGUGAUGACAACUUUCAGAAGACUUCUCUCCUCUCCUCACCUGGCAGUGAGGGUAGAGAUGAGACCAUCGAGCCAAGCAGGCAGUUGACAUUGGCAGCGAUACCCAGACACGAAGGGGAACUUACCAGUGUUGCAAGUGCUCUUGCUGAUGGCAGUCAAGAGACACAACCAGAAAUCUGCAAGGAGACGGAGACAAUUGUUCAAGCUGAAGGUAACUUGAAUUCUGGCAUAAAGCUGUUUAAUUAAAAACUGUAGGGGACGUACUGUUUGUUGUUCUGUGAAAUUCAGAGCUUUGAGUGA